AAGUCCGUAGCCAUUCUGGCUCAAGCGUUUUGUGCUCAAACCAGUUGGCAAAGAUAUUGGCGACGGAAUUCUGCAAAGCCUUACGCGGGAUCCCAAAGCGCUUGUGGGGCAAUGGCUCCGAUCAGUCAUGUCGCUGCCUUCUUAGCGCUCGUUGUGACGGUCAACGCCGACUUUCCUUGUGGUGAUUAUGACCUGUCGCCCGCAGCAGGCAACCCCGUGUGCGGUGUGGAUCAAUCAGCUUGUGACGAGACAAUCUGUUGCGCAGCAGGGACGAGCGCCCCGACCUCUGCACCGACGCCCAUGCCUCCGACCGAUGCGCCGACGCCGAUGCCUCCGACCUAUGCGCCGACGCCGGCGCCUCCGACCUACGCACCGACGCCGGCGCCUCCGACCUACGCACCGACGCCCGCGCCGACGGCUGCGACGGCUGCGCCGACUCCGGCGCCUCCGACCUACGCGCCGACGCCGGCGCCGACGGCCGCGCCGGGGACGCCAGCGCCGACGGCCGCGCCAACGGCCGCGCCGACGGCAGUGCCGACGGCCGCUCCGACGGCCGCGCCGACGGCCGCGCCGACGCAUGCGCCGACGAGUGCACCGACAGCUGCGCCGACGCCGGUGCCUCCGACCCACGCGCCGACGUCGGCGCCGACGGCCGCGCCGACGCCGAUGCCUCCGACAUACGCACCGACCCACGCACCGACGGCCGCGCCGACGCCGAUGCCUCCUACCUACGCGCCGACGCCGGCGCCUCCGACCUACGCACCGACGCCCGCGCCGACGGCUGCGCCGACACACGCACCGACGGCAAUGCCGACGGCCGCACCGACGCCGAUGCCUCCAACGAACGCGCCGACGCCGGCGCCGACUAGCGCCUUCACGUGUGAUGACUACGAGAACCUACCCGGCGUGAGCUUCGGGAAGCGCGACGUCGUCGGCGCCGCCUCUGCCAUCAUGUGCGUCCUCGCCGCAGCAUGGGCCUGAGCGCGAUCGAUGCCGGAGGAGGUCUGACGCACCAGGGGAGGGGGAAGGGGAAGAGAGGGAUGGAAAGAAGGGUAGGAGUUGGAAGACAACAUCGUUACCACGUGGUCCCUGUUUUGGUGCUUUUCCUGCAUCUCGUGGCUAUCCCAUUUCCAUCGGGGCGCCAUGAAAACUCCAUGGCUGGACACGCUUCUUGCGACUAAUACUUUGUCUGUCUUAAUCAACUCAGUCAGACGUGUCUGGGCCUGCGAUUCGUCAAAGACGGGCAUGCAAGUCUACAGAUGGGUCGUUGCGGCAGGCUGGUGCACGGACUUCUCGCCGCAGGGCUCCCAGGAGCUUCGUGCAUUUUGGGGCCUCUCCCUUCAGGUACUCCUCGCCUUGACAGGCAGCGGCCGAAUAUCGGCCUCGCUGCCAGGACACAGCUUUGGCACGGCAUUGCCCCUCGUGCGUCAGUGAGACCCUCGCCACCGGCGUCGCGGAGGGCUUGGCAAAGCUGCACAAGCGGGGCCGGACGAACUGUGUGUAUUUCGGGCCAACUGAUGAAAAAAAACGUUCCCCCUCCAAAGCGAGGCCAGUGAGGAGUUCGCCAGAUCCGAGCACCCCUCAGAGGUGCGCCCGGGUUUUGCUGGGACGGUAGCAAGCCAGUCCUUUUUGGAGCGGGAG